AUGGCGAUGCCCCCCUCGUCGUUUUUGGCGAUAGCCUGGUUCAGCUCGACGACUAGAGUAGGAUUUAGCGUGAUGCCCGUUGGUCGUCGAAUCGCAGCACGCGCGCCCAGAUCAGACUCCUACACGGUGGUGGAUCACACCUAUGAUGCGGUCGUGGUUGGAGCUGGAGGCGCGGGUCUCAGGGCCGCGAUUGGGCUCUCGGAGCAUGGGUUCAACACUGCCUGCAUCACCAAGCUCUUCCCCACGCGGUCGCAUACUGUGGCAGCACAGGGAGGUAUAAACGCUGCUCUUGGAAACAUGAGUGAAGAUGACUGGAGGUGGCAUAUGUAUGAUACAGUCAAAGGAAGUGAUUGGCUCGGUGACCAAGAUGCUAUCCAGUAUAUGUGUAGAGAAGCACCAAAGGCUGUUAUAGAGCUUGAGAACUAUGGAUUACCAUUUUCCAGAACCGAAGAUGGAAAAAUUUAUCAACGUGCUUUUGGGGGCCAAAGCUUAGAUUUUGGAAAAGGUGGUCAGGCCUAUCGAUGCGCAUGUGCUGCUGACAGAACAGGGCAUGCUAUGCUACACACACUUUAUGGUCAAGCGAUGAAGCACAAUACUCAGUUUUUUGUUGAAUAUUUUGCGCUGGACCUUAUCAUGGACAAAGAAGGCACCUGUCAGGGGAUAAUUGCACUAAACAUGGAGGAUGGUACCCUUCAUCGUUUCCGUUCAACAAAUACUAUUUUAGCAACUGGAGGUUAUGGCAGAGCUUACUUCUCUGCUACUUCAGCUCACACAUGUACUGGUGAUGGCAAUGCUAUGGUUGCACGUGCUGGGUUACCCCUUCAGGAUCUUGAGUUUGUGCAGUUCCAUCCUACAGGCAUUUACGGUGCUGGAUGCCUUAUAACUGAAGGUUCCCGGGGCGAAGGUGGUAUUCUUAGGAACAGCGAAGGUGAGAGGUUCAUGGAACGAUAUGCCCCUACCGCCAAAGAUCUUGCAUCUCGUGAUGUUGUUUCAAGAUCUAUGACUAUGGAAAUUAGAGAAGGACGUGGUGUAGGACCAAUGAAGGACCAUCUCUACCUGCACCUUAACCAUCUUCCUCCAGAAGUUCUAAAGGAAAGGCUUCCUGGUAUAUCUGAGACUGCUGCUAUUUUUGCUGGUGUUGAUGUCACCAAAGAGCCUAUUCCUGUUUUGCCGACUGUGCAUUAUAAUAUGGGUGGUAUCCCGACAAAUUAUCAUGGGCAGGUGGUGGAUAUCAAGGGUGAUAACCCAGACACAAUUAUUCCUGGUCUGAUGGCUGCUGGGGAGGCAGCUUGUGCAUCUGUUCAUGGUGCAAACCGUCUUGGUGCAAAUUCACUUCUUGACAUUGUUGUCUUUGGGAGGGCUUGCGCAAACAGGGUUGCUGAGAUUUCCAAGCCAGGAGAGACACAGAAACCUCUUGAAAAAGACGCAGGGGAGAAGACCAUCGCUUGGUUGGACAAGCUGAGAAAUGCAAAUGGAUCACUGCCUACUUCGAAGAUCCGCCUCAAUAUGCAACGUAUUAUGCAAAAUAAUGCUGCAGUUUUCCGCACACAGGAAACUCUAACAGAAGGUUGCGAGCUGAUUAGUGAAGCACAGAAAAGUUUCCAUGAUGUCAAGCUCAGUGACAGAAGUCUCAUAUGGAAUUCGGACUUGAUAGAGACCAUAGAAUUAGAAAAUCUUCUAAUAAACGCAUGCAUAACCAUGCAUUCAGCUGAGGCUCGCCAAGAGAGCAGAGGAGCUCAUGCUCGCGAAGAUUUCAAGACAAGAGAUGACGACAAGUGGAUGAAGCACUCGCUAGGGUACUGGGAGGACGAAAAGGUUAGACUAGAAUACAGGCCAGUUCACAUGAACACCUUGGAUGACGAAGUCGAGACUUUCCCGCCGAAGGCACGUGUUUACUAA